AACGCACGUUUAAAAUUUGAGAAAAAAUCCUCAAAUAAAUCAACAAAAAUGAACCACGAAACAGUAAGAGAAUUGAUGGAACAGGGCUUUCACCCAAACUUUCUUGAACCAUACAUUAUAGCUGCAGUAAGAGCACAAAAUAUCCAAGAUUUACAGGAAUUGCUAGCUUCGAAUCGCCAUCCCCUGCCUUUUGUACUUUUUGAUGCCUUUGAAGUCGGAAAUUUGGAAAUAAUCAAAUUGAUCUUCGAAAGUGGCUUUGUUUGCUUAAGACCUCGUGAUUGUACGGCACUUUUGGGUGUUUUUAAGGACAAAAAUGACCCAAGCGAGGCCGAACAAUUGAAAAUCUUCAAAUAUGCUCUUCCGCAUUUCAUUGAAAACUACAAUCUUAAGAUGGACUUGGAGAUUUUUCGCUUGAUUGCCAAUUUUCAUGACAACGAAAAGCAUGGUAUGGUCCAGUAUUUGAUGGAAAUAUUUUAUUCGGAAGAGAAAAACAAGCUUUUUCCGCUGAUGAAGAGAUUAGGAGCAGCUGUUGAGGAUUCCCAUGCACUUUUGAUUAUUUUGCACAGCGAAAUUGAGUAUUUUGAAGACUCAACACUUUACAUAUUUACAAAUUUGGUGGAAAUUUUCAUGAUUUUUGUGAAAUUGCUCCUUAAAGAUACUCCAGAAACGAUGCAGCUCGCUAUCGAGACUUUUCGACUGCUCUUGGACAAACGAAUAGAAAAUAUUGUUGCUAAUUUCGUAGAUAUUCCGUGGAAUUUUUCACAUGAUGAGUCGAAUUCUGUCGCCUUCAAGUCACCAUUGCUGCAAAAACGCUUGUUCCAGAUGGUUUUUCAUUUGUUCGGAUCCGAAAAUGACUGGAUGAUUUGGUCUUUGAUCACAAGUUGCUUUGAGCUGUGUUGCAGAGAAUUUCGAAAAGACUUACCAAUUUUGUCGGUUUAUGCUCCCAUUCGUCAUCAAACCAACUUUUAAAUGGGAACUAAGUCGAAUAAUUGAAAAAGAAGGCGGCUUUGAGGAACUUGAACGGAUGUUGAGCGAUGAUUCGGACUCCUUGAAAGGAAUUUGUCGAGACGUGAUCAUAGCUAAAACGGCGGAAGUUGUUCUCUAUGAGCCUAGAAAAUUUUUUGAUGGCAUAUGGGCAUUGAAUAUUCCUGAGAAAUUGAAAUGUUACUUGCUUCGCAUUCCUGAUCCAAGUUGGAUGAAUGAUUUAAAUUUCUGAUCUGAAAAAGAAAUUAUUGAUUUUUUACUUUUUUUGCU